GGCAUUUUUCUGCUGCUGAAACCUGGGUGUGCUCCUAGGCGAAAUGACUUGCAUGGUUUUACCUUAUAGGAUCAGCAAUUGGGUGUUAAAGUGGGGCAUUGGUACACACCGAGACUAGAAAAACAAAGUCCAAGAGAGACGUGAAUCACUUUCAAACUAGACAAAUGAAAAAAGCCGACCAUUUCUCACGUCUUUCAGGUGUGACUAAAAGUCGUGCAUUGAUUUUGGUGGCGAUCUUGCUUUGUCGCUUACCGCAGCAGAUUUCAAAAGCUUAGGAGUACGUGGCGAUAUCUCCAUCGCCCGCGUUGUUUUCUUCCCCUAAUGAUUGGAGGGUAUAAAUACGAAGAUCUAAUCAACCUGAUUUCUGAAAUAAAACACCAUCAUCGUCUUCGAGUCGCCUCAACCACCCAAUUUAACUCAGAAAAAGCGGCAGUUGCCUAUCUGACGCAGUUUUCCAGGAGAUGUGGCUUUGUCCCUUCGCUGAGAACGCCAUGGAAUCUGAACGAACUUUCAUGAGAAACGUAAAGCGUGUGUUCGUUAAGGUGGGAACAGCUGUGGUAACUCGAGCUGAUGGAAGAUUAGCAGUGGGGAGGCUUGGAGCUUUAUGUGAACAGCUUAAGGAACUGAAUUCUCAAGGGUAUGAGAUUGUUUUGGUCACUUCAGGUGCUGUUGGUCUUGGUCGUCAAAGGCUUAGAUAUAGGAAAUUGGUUAAUAGCAGCUUGGCUGAUCUUCAAAACCCACAAUAUGAACUUGAUGGGAAGGCUUGUGCUGCUGUUGGGCAGAGUAGUUUAAUGGCUCUCUACGACACCUUGUUUAGCCAGCUUGAUGUUUCUUCUUCACAACAUCUUGUGACUGAUACUGAUUUUAGGAAUGGUAGUUUCAGAAAGCAACUCUCUGAAACAGUGAAAUCCUUAUUAGCUUUGAAAGUUAUUCCAAUUUUCAACGAGAAUGAUGCAGUCAGCACCCGAAGAGCACCUUAUGAGGAUUCUUCUGGUAUAUUCUGGGAUAAUGACAGCCUGGCAGGUCUCUUGGCUUUGGAGCUACAAGCUGACCUCCUUGUGUUAUUGAGUGAUGUGGAGGGUCUUUAUAGUGGACCACCAAGUGAUCCAGAUUCAAAGCUGAUCCAUACCUAUAUAAAAGAAAAACAUCAAGGAGAAAUAACAUUUGGAGACAAGUCCAGGCUUGGUAGGGGUAUGACUGCCAAGGUUAAUGCUGCUGUCUGUGCAGCUUAUGCUGGUAUCCCUGUUGUUAUUACUAGUGGAUAUGCCACAGACAGCAUUAUAAAGGUACUCCAAGGAAAGCGUAUUGGUACGCUGUUUCAUCAAGAUGCACACUUAUGGACUUCAGUUAAAGAAGUUGGUGCACGUGAGAUGGCAGUUGCAGCACGGGAAUGUUCCAGAAGGCUUCAGGCAAUGCACUCAGAUGAUAGGAGGAAAAUUUUACUGGACAUAGCUGAUGCUCUUGAGGCCAAUGAAAGUUUGAUUAAGGUUGAAAAUGAAGCAGAUGUUGCUGAUGCCCAGGAUGCUGGAUAUGAUAAGUCAUUAGUAGCUCGUUUGGCCCUGAAGCCUGGAAAGAUAGCUAGUCUUGCAAAAUCUGUUCGUGUACUUGCUGAGAUGGAAGAGCCUAUUGGUCAAGUGUUAAAGAGAACAGAGCUUGCAGAUGGACUCAUCUUGGAAAAAACGUCUUGCCCUCUAGGUGUCCUGCUGAUUGUAUUUGAGUCUCGACCUGAUGCCCUAGUUCAGAUAGCUUCACUGGCCAUUCGAAGUGGGAAUGGCCUUCUGCUGAAAGGUGGCAAAGAAGCUAAGCAGUCAAAUGCAAUCUUGCACAAGGUCAUUACUUCGGCCAUUCCAAAAAGCAUUGGAAACAAACUAAUUGGACUUGUGGCUUCAAGAGAGGAUAUUCCUGAUUUACUUAAGCUUGAUGAUGUGAUAGAUCUUGUGAUCCCCAGAGGCAGCAAUAAGCUGGUUUCUCAAAUUAAGGAAUUGACAAAAAUUCCUGUUCUUGGCCAUUCUGAUGGAAUUUGUCAUGUUUAUGUUGACAAAUCAGCUAAGGGGGAUACGGCCAAGCGCAUUGUUCUGGAUGCAAAGAUAGACUAUCCUGCAGCAUGUAACGCUAUGGAAACGCUUCUUGUACACAAGGAUCUGUCUAGUAAUGGUUUGCUCAAUACACUUACCAAGGAACUCCAACAUGAAGGUGUGACCCUUUAUGGUGGACCAAGAGCGAGUUCCUUGUUAAAUAUUCCUGAGGCACAUUCAUUUCAUCAUGAGUACAGUUCAAUGGCCUGCACAGUUGAAAUUGUGGAUGAUGUGCAGGCUGCUAUUGACCAUAUACAUCAACAUGGAAGUUCUCACACUGAUUGCAUUGUCACUGAAAAUCAUGAAGUUGCUGAAAUUUUCUUACAUGGAGUUGACAGUGCUGCAGUAUUUCAUAAUGCAAGCACUCGAUUUUGUGAUGGAGCCCGAUUUGGACUUGGUGCUGAGGUUGGAAUAAGUACUAGCAGGAUCCACGCCCGAGGCCCAGUCGGGGUUGAAGGACUGUUAACAACUCGAUGGAUCUUGAGGGGGAGUGGGCAGGUGGUGGAUGGUGACAAAGGGGUUAUUUACACCCACAGGGAUCUUACUCAGUAAACUUAACUAUAGUCUGCUUCAAGAGAUGCAAAGAAAUUUGUCUUUUUAUUGUCUUUUUCAUGCUUAUUAUUACUAGUUUCUAUCUUGUAAUAUAGCACUGCAGAUCUGCUUAGGUAACUGCGUAUGGCGUUACUCUUUUUUUUCCCCAGUUGUUUUCACCCUUACUAUCAUAUUAUGUCAUGGAUAAAGAUUUUAAGAUUACAUCUAGGAUUUUUGGCAAGCUGUUAAGGUGAAAAAGAUUGAUAUGGCAGGUUGAAAUUCUUAUUGCUGGAAAGUUUGAAUGCAACACCAGAUUCAUUCAUGAAAAAGGAAA